AUGGCCUCGCAUAUCACUUCUGCUUCAAAGCCAACGCCUGAGACACACAUCAAUGUCGAUAACCAUGCACGGGAUUAUGUGCACCUCGCGCCGCCUCAUUGGGAGAGCGAGUCUCCAGGUGCCUCCAAGGUUCCUAUAGUUGAUCCGCAUCACACAGCCACGGAAGGAUGGCAUGCGCCUUACCUUCGACGAAGAACCCUUACGCUAUUUAUCAUUAUAUUUUUGAUAUGCAUCAUUAUUCUUCAAGGACUGGUCGUUGCCUCUGAUAAGCAAAUAGGCCUGGGCACAAGCCAAGAGCGGCUCCAUUACUUAUGGACGUACGGCCCGACUGCGUUCCUUACGCUGCUGGCAUCGUUCUGGGCGAGAGUUGCUUGCCAGGCCAAGCUCGCUGCACCAUGGAGCCGAAUGUCUCGAGGUCCAGGCGGGGCCAAGCAAACUGUCCUACUGGACUACUUAUCCAUGUGGCUUCCCAUCUCAAUUUUUCAAGCCGUCCGAAACAUGGAUUUUUCUGUGGUGGCUGCGUCAGCAAAUCUCAUAAUCAUCAGAGUGCUGAUUGUCAUAUCGACGGCAUUAAUUACCCUGUCUCCUGUUCAGGUGCUUCGUUCAGAGGUCCCGUUGGUUCUCAAAAGCAGAUUCGCCGAGAACUCAACUGGGAUCAGGAACUCGCCCUUGGCAUAUUAUACGCUCGAGGGCCUAAUCCGCUUCAACAGCACGGCAUCUGACGGGUUUACGUCAGACUGGGCUUAUCAACUUGUGGAGUCCAUGACACCCAAAACCAACCACUUCAGUGCAACUGUAGAUGGCUUUUCCGCCGGGUUAGACUGCGAAAGCGCAAAGAUUAGCCUGGUGGACUCAAACCGGGCUGUCAUAAACAAGACGGACUACACCCGAGUGAGAAUGACCCUUGAGUCUGCCGAAUGCAGUAUGUUUCUGCCGAUGUUUGGCCCAUCUGCUGCACGGCAAAUCGGUACUCCUUCGACUUUCCUUCGGUUCCUGCAGGGAGGGUGUAACGGGUCGACCCUCAAUGAAGAUCUUUAUCGGGUUGGAAUCAUCUCGUCGACUAUAAACUAUACAGACAUGGUAUUUGCGCAGCACGUCGAGCGCCCCGCCGUCCAGGAUGUCUACAAUGUUUCCAGCACCCUAAUAAGAUCAACGGGGCUGAUAUGCAAGCCUACUUACGGCGUCAGGCCCAUCGAUCUCAUCAAAAACGAUACGAAAACAUACAUUUCGAUCCCCAGCGAGUCAGCACCUCGACAGCUGAACCAGGUUCGCUCUUGGGAUAUUAUGACCGCUUUUUUUGGUAGCUUCCUGAAUUUGUUAUGGACAGAUUUGCAGACAGAGUACACCAAAACGUCCUUGAUAGACGUUCGCGACGUGCAAGUGGAUGUCGACCAGCCAAUGCGCGCAGCUCUGGAGCUCUCGAAUGUGACGACAGGCUUACCUUCUGUUGAGUCUUUCUUCGACGAAUCAAGUCUCCUCCACUUCGUUCAAACCUACUAUCAACAAUAUGGAGCCAUUAUUGCUCAUAACUUAUUGACUGAGGUCGCCACAACCCCUAUCGAAGGUUCCGCUUGGGUAGAACAGGACCGCUUGGUUGUACGAAGCUUGGCUGCCCAUCUAAUGACGGGUUUCCUUAUACUUGCUAUUGGGUUGGUAUUUGUCAUCUGGUGCAUGACAGUUCGCCAACCUGUGCUCCCUCGGAGUCCUAGCAGUCUCAUCGGCACUGCUGCGCUACUAGCAAACAGCCGAGUGUUCCUGAACUCACUGCAUGGCAUGGGAGCUGCAAGCCUGGAUAGCCUUCGGGAUCUCAUGGACUGCUGGGAGUACGAAACGAAAACCGAGAAUGGGUGCUUUGCCGUCCAUAACCAUCAGAGACUGCCCACGAAUGACGACUUGGAAGUACGGGGGAGUGAAAGGCAUAAUUCUCACCCUAGGACGCUUCGUCCGAUACUACGGAUUGGUGUCUAUGCCAUACUGAUCGCUAUCAUUGUUGUGCUGGAGGUCACGCUCAAGAUUUCCCAGUCAGACAAGGGACUUGGCGAUGCAGGAGAUGAGACUUAUGUUCAUUAUCUAUGGACUACAAUCCCAGCCGUGGUGCUUACUCUAUUUGGCAUGUAUUUUGCCGGGGUUGACUUCGACACCAGAGCCCUGACACCUUACGUGAACCUCAGCCGGGGCGCCACUUUUGAAACUUCUGUUGGCCUCGACCUCGUCGACCGCUUUACCCUUCCUACCAUCGUCAAAGAAAUUACCACAAAAAGCUACGCGGCGUUAGCAUCUACAACUACUGUGGCACUCACGUCCCUGCUCACCAUCUUUACCGCGUCUCUGUUCUAUACGACCUCGGUCCCAACGGUGUUCCCAGCCGCUUUGAAUACAAAAAGCCUGAUAUAUACAGGAAAGCUUGAAUCAGGAGCGGUACCGGAUGGAGAAGGGAUCCUGGCUUCAUCGUUAAUAUUCCUAAGUAACCUUUCGUAUCCCGCCUUCACUUAUGAAGACCUUGUGUUCCCAGAAGUUGAGCUCACAGGCAUUGACUCAGAUGGUUCAAACAAUCACAACUCGUCCAACUUUAUGAUCAAUGCCACAGUAUCGGCCAUGAGGUCGCACCUCUCUUGCAAAAUAUAUGACCAAUCAGAGAUACAGGCCAACAUCACUCUUGGCACCAACGUUACACGUUAUUACAGAGACGCAAGCCAUAAUUCCACAGCCAAGUACAACUAUCUGAAUCCUCUCAGAGUAGUGAUAAAGGGAGAAAGCUGCAACAUGGACCCGGAUAUUGGCACCAACCUACUCUUGGGCACGGACGUGAACGCAACCAGCGGAUAUUUUGGAUAUGGAGAUGCCGCGAUGGCCGGGAGUUUUGUGACCGGCUGUAGUGAUUUUCUAUAUAUGUGGGGUAGCUGGUCAAGGCCCUCCGAGGGUAACACCGGCGCUGUUGUAUCCGCGUCUGCUAUGGGCUGUAACGAAUCUUACGAAAGCGUCGAUGUUUCGACAACAUUCUUAGGGCCUGACCUACGCAUAGAUCCGGCGUACCCUCCCAGACCCGACGAGGCAACAAUGCGAGCCAUGGCGAUCCCGCAAGAACACAAGGACAACUAUAUCUAUUAUCGACUGGUUCCAAUGACUGGUGUAAUGAACCUGGAUACCUUUUUCACCCUUGCCACAACAAGCCGUUAUGGCAUGCCGCUGGCGCUGCUUGAGGACCCAUCAAAUGCUCAUAUUGUGGCAGAUGUGAUAAAAUUUCACCAUGGCAUUAUCCGAGCUCAGGUCGCAAGCAGCAGCUACCGCGGUUCGGUCCGUCCAUCCUCAACAGACAUACCUGCCGGUAUCUCAGUUGUUGGCCAAAUGAACCAGACAACAAGCAACCCCGCCAUCGUUGAUGAUACUUCGACUCGUCGUCGGGUCGUGCAGGACCCUGCCUCAACACAUGUCAUCGAGGCUCUCCUGGUGGCGACACUGGUGUGCUCCAUGGUCGGCUGGUUCCUCAUGCGGAAUACGGAUGUACUUCCACGGAGCCCGACCAGCAUUGCAAGCGUGGCGGCACUGCUGUCAGACGGCAACUUAUUGCAAUACUUGCCGGCCGGUGCAGAAUGGACUGGUACUGGAGAUUUGGCUGGGAUGUUUGAUAAGCUUGCAGUGUUCUGUCUGGGAUGGCAACCGUCCACUGAUGCUUGCGGAGAUCGAUAUGCAAUCUGUGUUAUGCCAGGCGCUUCACAAAACGAGAAGGCUUUCUCUAUAAAUGAAGAAAGACCAGUGCAAGCGACCACGCCUGAAACAAGUCCUCCAGAGCACCAGCGUGAGGAAUCGUUGAGUGGUAUAGGAUACUUGCGUGUUUCUCAACGAACCACAUUACUGCACAGGAAUGUAUCUGACAGCUCGAGCUUUCACCGAGGCGAGGAGAUGGAAGAAAUACCCGUGUCGCCUGUCAGCUCUAUGCUUCCUAUCCAAACCUGGGAUGAUGCCUGGGAUCAGACGUCAGGUCGUCACCAUUAG